AUGAUAUUUUUAUUAAUUAUAAAAAUAACUCUGGCAUGGAAAGCUAAGAACAUAAAAGAAAAUAUUUAAACUUGUUAAAUAUUUCAGAGUACAAAUCAACAAGAAUGUGAAUUAAACAAUUUAAUUUUAUUUCGAUUAGACUCUUAUUUUGCAAUUUGUGUUAUUUCAUCUGAGAUUGGAAUAUAAAGUGUAUUAGUAGGUACUACUGAGAAUAAUUUAAACUUUAUUUGUGUGCUUAAAGAAUAAAUUUUGAUUUAUCCUUUGCCUUAUACUUGUGGAAGUGCCUAUUUGAGAUUGUAACAUUAGAAUAAGUUUACAAAUUUCUCAUUAACAAGAGAUAAUUCUUCUCUCUAUAUUUUUGGAGGAUUCGAUGAUACAAAACUAAGAAAUCAAAUGUAUAAAUACAGUAUUUACGAUUUAUUGAAUAAUUAAGUAACAGUUUCAGUUUUACCUAAUAAUUUUAUUUAAAAAUUAACAGUUACAUUAAAUUUAUGGGAUGGAACAAUGGAAGAUUUUUAAUUUACAUCUAAUUUUCCUUAAAUUUAAAAAUUAAAAGAUUUGGGUUAUAAAUAUACAAUUAAUUCUUUAUUAGAAAAUUCUGAAUGUACAUCUUCUAAUAUUCCAAAAUGUUUAUAAUAAAGUGUAAUUGUUUAUGUAUAUGAAUGUAAUUGCAUUAAAUUAUUUUAUGGUAGAGAUUCUAAUAAUAUAAAUAUAAUUGAAUCUUGGAUUUAUGAUCUAGAUAAUUAGGUUUGGUAAUAAACUACAAUUGAUUCAAUGAUAUAAGUAGGAAUUACUCCAGUUGGGUAAUAUUUGGAAGAAAUAAAAAUGGUGGGUUUUUAUGCAGAAAAGAAAUAUUUCUUUUAUUAUGAUUAAUAAUGGUAUAACAACUUAGAGUAAUUAAAUUUUGGAUCUAUGUUUAAAUAAAUGAUUGUUUAUGAUAACAAGACAUUUUUUUUGAAUUCAUCUGAUAUAAUUUACAGUUUUAAUGAUCAAAAAAAUCUUAAUAGUUAAUAAUAUGGAAUUUAUACUUGUACAGAUAAUUAUCGUGGUUAUGAUUGUUAAAUUUAAGAUUUUCAGUGUCCAGGAAGUAUUUGUUUUAAUGAUUUAUUAUUCGAAAGAAUUUGUGUACAUUGUUAAGGACAUGGUACUUGUAUAAAUGGAAAAUGUUAAUGUGAUGAUGGAUUUAGUGGUAAUGAUUGUAGUUAAUAUGCUAAAUGUUUAAACGACUGUUCAAAUUAAGGAAAUUGUAUUCAAUAUUUUCCAACACCUUAAUGUAGAUGUAAUUAAGAGGAUAAAAGAGGUGGAGAAGAUUGUUCAAUGAUAUUUUGUCUUAAUGAUUGUUCUAAUAAUGGAAAUUGUAAAAAUGGUAUAUGUGAAUGUAUACCUGGAGUAAAAGGGGAUGAUUGCAGUAUAUUAAAACUAAAAUUUAUUGAUGAAUGA